AUGUCAGAAAGUAAAUCAUCAACCUCAUCAUCAUCUCCAUUUUCUUCUGUUUCAUCUUCUUCUUCACUGUCUUCUCAUCUACUUUUAGAUAACAAAGAAACAGAUGAACAAAUGUCAGAGAGUGAAUCAUCUUCUUCAUGUGAUGAGUCUAAAGUUAAAAAUACAACUAACGUUAAACCAACAUCUAGACAUUCUUUAAACACGAAGUCAAAAUCAAGUCCUAUGUCAGAAAGUGAAACUUCCUCAUCUGGUUCAAGUGGUAAAUCAUCUAGUGAGUCUUCAUCCACCCCUCCAAGUGUCAAAGAAGUUAUAAAACCUACAAUGGAAAUUAAAUCAAAGCUAAGUACUCAACCAGUUAUAAAAACAACACCUAAUAAGAAUCAAUCAUCUAACACUCAAGAGUCCUUAUCACAAUUAGUACCUUCAACAAAUAAGCAAAAUGUAACAGAACUAUCUGAAGACGAUUCUUCUUCAGAUACUAAAGUUACCAAAAAAAUGUCUGAAGACUUGUCAAUAGAUUUGGAAAAAAGUGAUGAAGUUAGUGACGAAGAUAGUAAAAGUAGUGAUGAAGAUGAUAAAAGUAGUGAUGAAGAUGAUGACAGUCAUAGUGUCGAUGAAGAAGAACGAAUUGCAAACCAAAAUAAAAAGUAUUUAACACAACUAUUAAAAGAAUUUGGGGAUGAUGUAAAUGAAUUAAGAAUGAAAGCAACAUCAUUUAAAGCAGUAAAUAUUGAAGAGAUCACUUCUGCGCUAAGUCAAGGCAUUAACAUGUUUUCUGAUUUAGAGUUAGAAUUACUUGGAAAGGAAUGUGUUGUUCCUUCAAGCUUGAAUCAAAGUUGA